CUCACCCCCUCUCUAUUCACUCACUCUACUCAUCACCACACCACCCUCAUCACCAUAUCUUCUACGGUCGGAUUUUCUUGCGGUCUCGGCUUUCGGCUCGUUGCUGCUCAGUGGUGACGGCCUCUAAUUCACUUAUGCCUCUGUAGCCACUGAUGCCGGCCGCCGAAGCAUCCCCCGUCGCAUCUUCCGAUUCCGGUUUUGUCACGAUGGAAGACCGGAAAAGAGCCGCUGCUUAUGACCACAACGACUCGACUCCACCAUUGAAGAAGCAGGCGACUUCUGUCAAUGGUGGUAGCAAGCCGCACCCCGAUGCUGACAUGCCCUGGAAGGAUGAUCUCGAGCGAUUCCAAAAAGACGCAAUAUGGCGCCAGAUGCAGGAGUACAAGCGGGAGAAGGUGUCCCUUGAGGCCAAGUUGAAAGAGUUAUCCAAGUCGACCACCAACCAUAAUGAUCACCUACGUAUUAUCGAUGCCUGGUACAAACAAUUGAUCGAUGAGGUUAAAAUACUCAUGGGCGCUCCGGAAGAAGAUGCCAAGGAACCCUCGUCUUUCCAAAGCAGUCUCUUGUUUGACGAUAAUGAGAAAUUUGAGAAACAUCUUAAAUCUCGGUCGGAGGAUAUCCGGAAAAUAAUUUCGAGCGUCUCGUCUAAAUCGGCGAAAGUCUCGCCCGAGGUCUCAGAGUUGCAGACCCAACUCGCAAAGAAACUUGCGGAAGAGAAGGCCACUAUCAGCGAUCUCGAGAAGGCGUUGGCGGAAAAGCAGCAGCUAGAGGAGAGUUUGGAGGAGGCAUCUCUACGUUACAUGGUCGCCGAGAAGAAACUUGAUCGUGCACGGAGCGUCACUGUCGCCAAACUCGAAAAGCAGUAUAUACUGGGUGCCCAGCGGCCCGGGGGUGAUAGUGCAUCUGGACAGCGGGACGAACCGUCAGCCUCGAAUGGCGCAACUCCAAGUGGUGAACGAAGCCCUGCGUUGGACGAAGCCCACAACAAACUCGCGGCCAUCUCGGAAAGGCAAAAGGAACAGCUCCAGAAAUUGGAGGCCGAGAACGCCAAAUUGUUAAGCCAAAUCACUGACUUGAAUAUCAAGCAUACACGAUUGACGGAUGAUGAUUAUGCAAGCACAGACCUGUUCAAACAGUUGAGAUCUCAAUACGACGAUGUUGUCACUCGAAUAAACCAUUUAGAGGCGACUAAUGUACAGCUUCGUGAAGAAGCGGCGAAACUACGGUCGGAACGAACUGCAUACCGCAAUCAGGUUGACGAGGAGACGCAGAGUGUAAUUGCCGAGAGGGAAGCGCAACUGAUGCGGGCUGAGACGGAUUUGGCACGGAUACGGAAUGCGCGCGACGAAUUAUUGGCGGAUCAACAGAUGCGAAAGGCUGCGCAGGAGCAGGAGAAAACCACGGCCAUCAAAGUCCAGGAACUCGCAGAUGCAGGCCAAGCUCGAAUCGCAGCCCUGGAAUCCGAGGUGGAGCGCUUGCGUGUCGAAGUUGAGAAGGAGAAGGCCGCCGCACCGAGUGUCGAUGAAAUCUCAACCGAAGAGUUGCGUACUCGAUUCCGCAACCUAGAGCGCCAAUACGCGAUGCUCAACACCGAAUUAUCCUCGAUGCAAAUUGCUUGCAAAAAGUACUCGUCUCUGGCUUCGCAGAAAGUCACCGAUUUCGGCGCUCUGGAGGAGAAGGUCGCACGACUCAUUGCGGAGAAGUCCAAAGCAGAUCAAAAAUACUUCGCUGCAAUGAAAAGCAAGGAAGCUCGGGAGUUGGAGGUUCGCACUUUGCGUAUGCAGAACUCCAAGAGUUCGGACAUUGUCACGCAGCUGAAGGAAUCGGAAGCUGCAACUCGAAAUUUGCUUGCGAACAUGGAAAAGCAAGUGAGUGAGACCAAGGAAGCAUUGAAUAGCUUGAUUGCCAAGAACCACGCCGCGCAACAACAAAUCACGGAAAACAAUAUCACAAUCGAGGGUCUGAACAGGCAAGUGGCGGAUCUCAAGGUGUUGUCCGCAUCCAAAGAUUCGACACUUUCCAGUACAGCCAGUGCUUGUCGUAAAGCCGAAACGGAAGUCGAGGGCUUGAAGGCUACCCUGGCGGACACGAAGAAGAGUCUAGACAGCUGGAAGAACAAGAGUCUUGGCAACCAGUCAUCUGAAUAUGAGAUGCUGCGGACGCUUGCUCUCUGUACAGUUUGUCGCCGGAAUUUCAAAAAUACUGCGAUCAAGACUUGCGGCCACGUCUUCUGCAAGGAUUGUGUCGAAGAACGUCUUACCUCGCGGUCACGCAAGUGCCCUAACUGCAACAAGUCCUUCGGCAACAACGACUACAUGCAUAUCACUCUGUGAUCUGAUGUCACCUCUCCGUUUAUAAAUCUCUUGUAUCAUAGUCUCUCUACCUUUCCCCUUUCCCCUUCCCUAUUAUCCUUCCGACUUGCCAUUUUGCCGUUCUUUCUCCCGAUUUUUCUUUUUAUGUCCGUUUUAUUACCCUUUUCCUUUCUUUUUUUCUUUUUUCUCUUUCUACCCCAUAUCUUUCUCUAAUUAUGGAAAAAGGCUCAUGGUGCGGUGU